UCGGAGCUGCUCUUCAAUUGCCGUCUUAACAACGCAGUCUCCCUGUUAUUGCUUCCAUGAACACCACGAGAGAAUAAGUGCCAGCAAAGAGUCCGUUCUUGAUCAAUAGUGGUACAUGGCCUUCCCACGCGUGUUGCUAUCUUGAGCGCCAAGAAGAUCAGCAUCAGGGCGACUUCCCAUUGUGGACAAACACGACUUCCACCCGACCAGUGGCUCCAGCGACCACUUUCUUCACCACCCGUUGCGUUCUCGCCUCGCUCGUUGCUUUCGCAUCCCACACUCGUUCAACACACCACUCGACACAAACACACAACAUGCGCCGCACACUCGCGCUCGCCGCAGCUGGACUGGGCCUGAUCGCAUCCUCGCACGCCGCACUCCCCUCAGACAUCAUAGGCACCUGGUCCACCAAAUCCGGCAAGACUCUCACCGGCCCUGGCUUCUACGACGCCAUCAACGACAAACUCAUCGAACCCUCACACACCGGAAUCUCCUACUCCUUCACCGCAGAUGGCUACUACGAAGAAGCCUACUACCGCGCCAUCGCGAACCCCGUCCGACCGAAUUGCCCAGGUGGGAUAAUGCAAUGGCAGCAUGGAAAAUGGGAGCAGUUGUCGAAUGGGUCGUUGGCUUUGACCCCUAUUGCUACGGAUGGGAGGCAAUUGCUCAGUAAGCCGUGCGAUAAUGAGAAUGCGAUUUAUACGAGGUAUAAUCAGAGCGAGACGUUUAAGCAAUACCAAGUUCUCACCGAUCCUUACCACAAUGUCAAACGACUCAAUCUUUGGGAGUUUGACGGGACUCCGAUGCAACCUUUCUACAUCGCUUUCGAACCGCCUCAGAUGCUUCCUACGACGACUUUGCACGCCACGACAACGGAGACUGCGAAGGCCGGGAAGAAGAGCAAGAGAGGAUUGGAAGAUGCGGGUCCUGCUUCGUAUAUGGAAGUUCCAUUGAACUGGAAGAGCAAGUUUGAGCAAGGCAAGGGCGGAGACAUGUUGGUGCAGAAUAUCAACCCUGAUCGGCUGUGGUGGGUCGGGCUGGCGUUUACUGGAAUCGGAGGACUGCUGUAUUUUGGUCCGAGACGACUGGGGCUGAGGAUUUAGGAGAUGGUCUUUCAAUGAGGCGUUUUUUGUAUGGAUAUCAUGAGAACAGGACUAGCGAGGCAUGCGUAUGCAUGAAUACGGAGUGGGGUUCAAGAGCAUAAUGAGCGUUUUACAAAAUGGGCAUGAGAAUGGCGUUCUAGGAUGGCGUCUACGGAGAACAGCCAGCAAGCAGGAUGGCUGCGGCUGGCUAUGGGUGUGGCUCAGAUGAUGCGAGUGUGUAUGCAUAAAGUACGCGGGACACGCAAGAAGUGUAUGUAUAGUGGCAGAGCAUCGAAUUGCGAAAAGGACAGCAUUAUUGCAAUAUGUUGGUUCUCACUCUCACAAUCGGUCGGGAUGCUUGCACGUAGCACUGAAGCACUGCACGUGAAGUAACAGAGGAUCAAAUUCUGAGCAAGAAGAAGCAUUCAUGUUGCUCACCAAUCCUUCCUUCUGUCUGGUAAACCUUGGCGGAUCUAUGAAACUUUGCGUUAUAUACCAUCACCCACUUCUUGUACCAUUGCCUCCCUCCUUUCCUUGCUUCAUCAGUAUUAAAUGGCACGUCGAAGGAGGAGAGGUGUAGCAAACAACCGCCGAC